UUCAGUCCGAAUAAUCAACACGUCGUGAGGUUGCAUCAUGUGCUGAAAGAAAUUAUUUAUUUUAUUUAGUCAUAGAGUUGACCGCUGUUUCCAAGCCAAGAUGGUGAUUGGUGGCAGAUAUUUAACCUCUCAGUUGCCCACUCUCAUGGGCAACCCACAAAACAUCCGCAACUUGUGCAUUAUGGCACACGUUGACCAUGGCAAGACCUCCCUGGCAGAUGCUCUCGUGGCUUCAAAUGGGCUGAUCAACAAGAGGCUUGCUGGACGCAUCAGAUACAUGGACAGUCGCAAAGAUGAGAUAGAGAGGGGGAUCACAAUGAAGAGUUCCUGUGUUUCUUUGGCCUAUAAUAAAGAUGAACAAGACUACCUGAUCAACCUGAUUGAUUCACCCGGCCACGUUGACUUCUCAUCGGAAGUCUCCACAGCUGUUCGACUCUGCGAUGGAACCAUUAUUGUUGUUGAUGUUGUGGAAGGAGUCUGUGCUCAGACGAAGGUGGUUUUACAGCAGGCUUGGAUGGAAAACAUCCGUCCAGUUCUUGUUUUAAAUAAGAUAGACCGUCUAAUUCUGGAAACAAAACUAAGCCCAAUUGACUGUUAUUAUCACAUUGCUCAAGUUUUGGAACAGGUUAAUGCAUAUAUGGCAGAGCUGUACAAUACUGCUCUCCUUGGAAAGACCGCGCAAGAAAUUGAGAAGUACCAGGAAGCGGAAAGGGAAAGGAAGGUUUCAGAAAGAGAACGCAAGGCAUCCGAGUCUGGCGCCACUGAUUCCGACCUCCUGUUUUCUGACUGGGGCAUUGAAACGGAGGAUGACUCUGACCUGUACUUCGUGCCAGAGCAGGGCAAUGUUGUAUUUGCUAGUGCAUAUGACGGGUGGGGAUUUAGCAUUCAUCACUUUGCCGACCAGUAUGGAGCAAAACUUGGAAUGAACAAAGCUGUUCUCAACAAGACUCUUUGGGGAGAUUACUACAUCACAACGAAAGAUAGACAAAAGAAGAUCGUCCGUGGAGCACGAGACAAACGCAAGAAUCCUCUGUUUGUUACUCUUAUUCUUGAAAAUUUGUAUAAAGUGUAUGACACUGUAGUGACACGAAAGGAUAUGUCUGAAACAGUAAGGCUUUCAGAGGCAUUGGGGGUCAAGCUGCCAAUGAGUGUUGCAAAGUCAACCGACACAAGAUUAAAGCUGAAUUUUCUCUGUAGCAGCUGGCUACCACUGGCAUCUGCUGUAUUAGACAUGGUGAUAGAUCAUCUCCCCAGUGCUGCGAACAUGACAGAAGAAAGAGCAAUGAAACUUAUGUGUUCAGCCACUCAGCGAUUUGACACCCUGCCCUCAGAGUCCCAGAAACUCAAAGAUGCUUUUAUGAAAUGUCAAAGUGAAGAUGAUGAUCCACUUAUUGUUUAUAUUUCAAAGAUUUAUGGAGUUCAAAGAAAGAACUUGUUGGACUCAACCUCCAGUGGAAAAAAAUCAGUAGCUACAGGCAGUAUAGGCCUCCUGUCGGCAGAGGAGAUAGCCAGCCGUAGGGAAGAGAUACGGCGCAGGAGAGAGGAAAUUACAGCAAAUGGCGAGCAGAAGGCAUCUACUGGUGAAAGACAGCUGACACCAUCAGAAAUUGAAGAAUUGCAAAAGCAGCAAGAUAAGAUGGCAGAGGACAGGGAAAAGGCAGAAGCAGAAAGGAAAAAGUGGAUAGAAGAAGAGGUCUUUGUUGCAUUUGCAAGAGUAUACAGUGGCAGGCUUAAAGCUCGACAGAAGGUUUACAUUUUAGGACCAAAGCACGACCCCAGUGUUGUGUUGGCUCAGCUAGGAGAAGGCAAGCAACUAUCUGAAGAAAAUAUAGGAGAGUUCAAGCACAUCCACAUCUGUGAGAUAGCAGAUGUGUACUUACUUCUGGGCCGUGAACUAGAGCAGAUUGAAUAUGCAACUGCCGGUACUGUGGUUGGAAUAACUGGGUUGGAGGACUAUGUCAUCAAGAGUGCCACACUUUCUAGUACCUAUACCAUGCCAGCCUUCACAGAACUCACACUCAACGUCACUCCCAUCUUACGCGUCGCUGUGGAGCCUCGAGAUCCAAGGGAUUUGCCAAAACUGCGGCGUGGCUUGAAGAUUCUUAAUCAAGCUGAUCCCUGCGUACAGGUCAAAUUACAAGACAGUGGUGAAUAUGUCAUCAUCACUGCUGGAGAAGUCCAUCUACAGCGUUGUGUGGAUGACCUCCAAGAACGCUAUGCCGGCAUCCCCAUACGAACCUCCGAUCCCAUUGUACCCUUCAGGGAGACCAUAAUACCCCCUCCGACUGUUGAUCGACUCAAUGAGGCCAUUGAAGGGGAGAACAUUAGCCAGAAGAAGCCUGUGAAUGGUGAUCCCCUGGGAGUGGUCGAAGUGAGUGGGCAUUAUGGCAAGUUACGUUGCAGAGCAGUGCCUUUACCGGAACAAGUCACCAAAUUGCUGGAGGAAUAUCAAGACCUCCUGAGAUCUAUCUCAAAGAUAGGGGCUGUUGUCAAUACUUCAGAUGCUAUGGAAAAGAAGGAUAGUCAUACCAUUAAAGAGGGAUCAGACUCGGCUUCGGACCAAGGAAAUACUAUGAAAAUGGGAGCAUUAGUUCAGGCUCUUGAGAACAGAGAAAAAAUUAAUCAAGAAACCUUUGCUGCGAUACAAGAUUUAAAGAAGAAAUUGGAUAAGGCAUUUAAGGAAGCAGGCAAUGAAUGGGAAAAUGCCAUCAAUCAGAUUUGGAGUUUUGGUCCUCAUGGCUGUGGGCCCAACAUCCUGUUAAAUUGUAUCCAGUCAUACCCUCGGCCAUCAAUCUGGGAAAAGUCUACAUCUGUUGACUCACCUUUAGCUGCCUUUGACACAAACUUUGUAACUGGCUUCCAGAUUGCAACCAGUGCUGGCCCACUCUGUGAAGAACCAAUGAUGGGUGUAUGCUUUAUUGUAGAAGAUUGGAGUAUAAAACCCACAGACAGUAGUAAUGAAGAUACAGGAGCAAUCAGUGUAUCAUCCGGUCAGGUUAUUUCUCUUGCCAAAGACACACUUAGAAAAGCCUUUGAUAAGCAGUGUCAGAGGCUGGUAUGUGCCAUGUACUCAUGUGUGAUUAGCGUCACUUCUGAGGUCAUUGGAAAGAUGUAUAGUGUAAUAGGAAAACGACAGGGACGGAUUGUUGAUGGUGACAUCACAGAGGGUUCAACUUCAUGGAAUGUCACUGCUUAUCUUCCUGUGGUUGAGAGCAUGAACUUUGCAAAUGAGCUUCGGAAGUCGACAUCGACAGUGAGGAAACAGGAGUGGCAAAGUACUGGCAUCAAUUCCAAAGGACAUCGAGCAGAGGCCAAAGUUCAAAAAAUCAUUUCAAGAAUUUUGGUUAUGGAAAAUCUCUGA